CUUAUUGUAGGCUUUAGUUGCUUAUGUGCUUUUAUGGGUGUUGGAGCAACAUUCAUGUCUGCUCAAAUGGUAAAGCACCUUGGUAUUUUAAAGGCUGGAGCAGCUGGAUUCAUAUUGCAAGCUUCAGUUCUUACAAAGGCGGUCGGCGUCUAUUGGAGUGGAGCUCUUACAAAUCAGACCGCACUUCUGUUUUUGUUGGUUUUAUUGUGUUAUCAAGACUGGGAUACAUGUCGUAUGAAGUAAUCGGGUCACAGAUUCUACAAACCGAGAUCCCGCCUUCUAAAGCAAAUCUUAUCGGGGCAACCGAGGUUUCAAUUGCCAGCUUAGCAGAGUCAACAAUAUUGGGUGUUGUUAUAAUUGCAAACGAUGUAUCACAUUUUGGAUUUUUGGCCACACUUUCCCUUAUAUCGGUGGUGGGUGCAGCAUGGCUGUUUUGCCAGUGGUUGUUAUAAUUGCUAACGACGUAUCACAUUUUGGAAUCU